AUGGCGCAGGGGGCAGAAACGCACCAUUUCUGGAACCCGGCGUCAGCAUCAGCGUCUGGCGGCAAAUCUCUGGCCUUUAAAUCUGCCGUGGUGUUGACAUCUACAUUUACAGUCGCUUCGGUCGUGUCAUUGAUUGUUGAGCCACUCUACGGUGAGCAAUUGGUAGAGCAGUUCGUGAAAGACACGCAUGCCGGAGAGAGCAGUGUUCCCAAAGUUCCCAACGUCCUGUUCCCGGAAGAUUGGAGAUACAGAACACAUCGCUGGCCGCAGCUUCUUUUUAUGACGCAGCAAGAGACAGAAUUCGCACGGCGGAUGACGAUGUCCUUGGUAAUCGGCGCACUGCUUGGUAUUGAAAGACGAGAAUCCAACAGAGGAGCUGGCGUACGGACUAUGAGCUUAGUUUCGCUCGGAGCAUGCAUCUUCACCAUUGGUUCGCUUUAUGCCUUCGAAGAAGGAACGCAAACAUGGGAUUCAUCUCGAGUUGCUGCUGCGCUACCUUCAGGUGUGGGGUUCUUGGGGGGUGCAUUGAUCUUCAAAGACUCCGGCCAAAUUAAGGGGCUUACGACCGCCUGCGGUGUGUGGCUGGCUUGUGCUGUGGGCAUGUGUUGUGGCGGUGGGCUGUACUUCGUUUCCUUUUUUGGUGUGGCUGGUGUUGUGGCAAUGCUUCGUUUCGGGCCUCGAUCACCAAUGCCGGAGGAUGAACCAGACGUGACGGAAACAGAGCCAAAAGCACCCGGACUUGUCGAGGGGCUUGACCACCCGCUGGUCCGCAAGAGGUUCCAGUCUCGAGGCACCAGUUCAGGCCAGCGCUCGAGAAAGGCCGUUCGACUCCUGGACCGACUCCUCUUUCUCUUUGCCCAACCGGGCGUCCUCCACCGCUUCCACGCGAAGAGAAGCCUUCUGGAAACCGGGGAUGCGCCAGUUAUAGUCUUUGUGAUGGACAUAGGACUGAGGAUUCAGCUGGCUCACGAGACCUUCGACACAAUGCACCGACUGAGCCAGUCGGCCAUUACACAGACGGUCGCGAUCUCCUCUGGCCAACUACAUCCAGAGCCAACUCGCCUCCGCAUCCUCCAGCUGAAGCUCCAUAACCCGUCUAAUCUGUGCUACAUGCAUGCAGUGCUUCUGUCCUGGCUAUGGAGCCUAUCCUCCUGUCCUGUUCACCUCACUCAGGUUCCGGAGUGGCUCAUGCGAGGAUUCAGGAGCAUUCUUGAGUGCCAGCCAUCACAGCUCCUGCUGUCUCAGCCAACAUGGCUCAGCUUGCUACAGGACUGGACGUCGCCUCACAGGCAACAUGAUGCUGCCGAGUUUUUACAGUACAUACAUUGCCAUUCAUUGUUCCCACAGCCUGAUGUCUAUUGGCAGACUCGUGUUGAGAUUGACAGGCACACAUGUGUGGAAGAGGAGGGCAAUUCACCUGUGAUCAGCCUUCCACUCAGUGCUUCCACUUUGCAUGACACCCAAUCUCUGGUCAAUGACUGGCACACGCAGGCUGGGACUCGAGCUCUUAAUGGACGGGCUGAGCUUGUUGUGAUACAGUUGGCUCGCUACCGAGAUGAUUGCAGCAAACGUGAUGACUACGUGGCUCAUCAGCCACGACUCGCCAUCCCGACCUUUACCGAUGAUCAUACGACUAGCACGCAUCUGCUUUACUUCAGUUGCAAGCCAUUUGUAUUCACCUGGGAAUGCAAGUCACCUCUGGCCAUUAUCAGGCAAUUUUGUAUGAUCACUUGA